AUGACUCUUGUCUGUUCCUAUAGCAGCGGACUUUCUUCCCUCGCUCGAGGCCGAGCCGCGAUCGGCUCUAAGCUCCAUCAUAGUAGCCAUAGCCACGUGGCGACUCAAUGCCACGUGGCUCGAUUAUCCAUCACUGCCAGCUCAUCUGCCAGCUCAGCAGCGACCGUGUCCACGUCUGCCACGUCAGCAGCCCCCGUGGCGCUAGACCCGUCGUACGGGAGUAAGGAGGUGAUUAAAGUCGACAAGCGCGUAUACCAAUACAUCCUGGAGCACACCCGAGAACCCGAGAUUCUUGCCGAGCUGAGGAGGGAAACUGCAACCAUGAUAGGCAAGGAGAUGCAGGUGUCCCCAGAGCAGGGAGCAUUCCUGGCCAUGCUGGUGCGGCUCAUGGGGGCCAGGCGCUGCAUUGAGCUGGGCGUGUACACGGGCUACUCCUCCCUCUCGGUCGCGCUGGCAUUACCUUCCGACGGCCUGCUGGUGGCGUGUGAGCGGGUGCCUCACACGUUUGCAGUGGCGCAGCGAUUCUACGAGAAGGGUGGUGUGAAACACAAGGUAGACCCACGGCUGGGCCUGGCGCAGGACACGCUACAGCAGCUGCUGGAGGAAGGGCAGGCAGGCAGCUUUGACUUUGCGUUUCUGGAUGCGGACAAGCGCAUGUACCGAGAAUACUACGAGCUGCUUCUCACCCUUCUGAGGCCAGGGGGUCUCCUGGUGGUUGACAACGUGCUGUGGCAUGGUCAGCUGGCUGAUCCUCAGGCAGAGGUGAGAGCGGAGGCGGUAACCUGUGGAGAAAAAGAGGGAGCUACCGCGGGCGGCGCUGACGGGGAAGACGGAAGUUUCGCGGCGAGGAGAGAAAGGAGUGAGAAAGAGGAGAUUGAGGAGAGGGGAAGUGUGGAAGGGACAGUGACAAUGGCGGCGUAUGAUGGACGGGAAGGAGGGGAAGUUAGAGAGGACGCCGAGGGAACAGAUGGGGUAGGAGAGGCUGAGGACGGCGAUCUGAGGGCCAGGCGCAGGAGCAGACGCGCAGAGAGAAAGGCAAGAAAAGCCCAGUCAACCGAGUCAACGGGGUCAACUCCAAGGGGCAUGUCCGAGUGGCGCACGCGCCCGCUCGUCCCGCACGGCGCGUCCCAGUGGCCGCAGAUCCAAUCCCUGGCCGCCACGUCAGCAGGCGCCAGCCUGUCAAUCGACGCGAUUUUUGCCGCCCUAGGCCUCCCGCCACUCGCGGACGGCCAUCCGCAGCUCCCGGUGCGCGUUCGGCAGCACGUGAACCCCUUAAAGACGUCUCUAAUGGCGCCGCCGCCGCCCGUGGACUGGGUGGCAGUGUAUGAGGACCCGUCGCUGCCGCUGGUGGUGGACAUUGGGUCGGCGAGUGGGCGGCUGGUUUUGGCGCUUGCUGUGAGGGACUGGAGAUGGCGCGCGCAGCAACAAGGAAACGAGGGCGAGCAAGGAGAGGAGGGGCAGGAAAAGGAGGAAAGGGAGGAGGGGGACGGGUCAGAUGCUAAGGCGGCAUCACCACCAUCAUCACCGGUACUUUCGUCAUCACCAGCCACACUACCAUUAGCAUCAGCAACGUCGUUCCUUCCCGCCCCGCCGCUCAACUUCCUUGGGUUCGAAAUCCGCGACAAGCUCGUGCAGCGCGCCGACACGUGGCGCCGCCAGCUGGCGCUGCGCAACGCGCACUUUGUCGUCGCCAACGCCACGUCAGCGCUCGAAUCCGUGCUGGCGACUUAUCCGGGACCACUAGUAUCUGUUUCCAUCCUCUGCCCCGACCCGCAUUUUAAGAAUAAGCACCGGAAGCGACGGGUGGUGCCAGGUGGACAUGUUUUUGUGGAGUCUGACGUGGAAGAGGUGGCUGCUGACAUGUACCGGCAGUUUGCGGGGUAUGGGAGGGGAGGAGGGGAGGGGGAUGCUGGGGAUGAGAGGGGGAGAGGGAAGAGCGAGGGUGAGGGAGGGGAGAGUGAGAGCGAGGGAGAGGAGAGAGAGAACGAGGGAGAGGAGAGCUCCACAUAUAUCAAAGGUGUGGCAACGGUGAGAUUUGUUCCGAGCGACCUUGUUGCAGCAGGAGGAACGGGUGUGGGGGCGGAAGGAGAGGAAAGUGUGUGGCAGGAGCGGGCAGGUGGGGGGAGCGCAGGGGAGGGGAGCGCAGGGGAGGGGAGCGCAGGGGAAGGGAGCGCAGGAGAGGCAAUAAGGUGGCUGGAUCACAACCCCUUGGGAAUGCCGAGUGAGAGGGAGGUGGUGGUGCUGCUGCAGGGCUCACCCAUGUACCGCGCUCUCUUUGUUAAGCAAUGA